CUGAUCCCUCUCCCCUCUCCUGCUGAUGGACUGCGGUCUGCAUGGGCUCAAUUUGGAUAGACCAGACGGAUGGAUGCUGAAGAUGAGAUGAGAUAAGCGUCUUCUGUCUCCGCCGAGCUGCUGCAAAGCCACGCAGGAAGAGACGUUGUCACCGUGAAGCCCACACCACCGGAAUAAAAGGAAUACACUGUGUCUGUCAGUCAAUGAGGUUUGCCUUCUCUUUCCACACCUCGAUCAUGGUCCUGCUCUCCAGAGGUGAUGUGAGCUGAAGUCGCGGGGAAGCCGCAGAGGAGCUGUCCGUCUGUCGAGGUGCUGAUGCGGCUGUGACAGCAUGGCUGCCGGGAAGUUGCUGCUCUACGCCGGGCUCUCUCUUUCUCUCUGCGCCCUGGGCAUGCUGGCUGUGGCGAUGUGUUCCGACCACUGGUACGAGACCGACGCCAGGAGAUACAGGGAGCGGUGCCGAAGCUUUUCCAGCCGCCGCAAGGACCCGGGCUUCAUCUACAUUCCCAACAACAGCCUGCCUCUGCGGGCCAGCCGGAGCAGCCUGCCCCGCUGGGAGGAGAAGCUGCUGCUUGCCCGGAACCGGCGGCAGCUGUUCGCCAUGAGCGCCGCGGAUGAGUGCAGCAGGCAGUAUAACUCUACAAACAUGGGGCUGUGGAGGAAAUGCCAUCGAGUGGGCUUCGACCAAGAAAUCGAAGACCAGAUCCGGAAAGGUUCCAUUACAAGGUGCUCCUACAUCAAGUAUCACUACUCCUCGGCUACGAUACCUAAAAACAUCUCCCCCAACAUCUCCAAGACAAUAAGGCAGGACGAGUGGCACUCCCUCCACUUGCGGCGGAUGACGGCAGGUUUCAUGGGCAUGGCGGUGGCCAUCAUCCUGUUCGGCUGGACCAUCGGAGUGCUGGGCUGCUGCUGGGAUAGAGGCCUCAUGCAGUAUGUGGCCGGCCUCCUCUUCCUCAUGGGGGGAACGUUCUGCAUCAUCUCCCUCUGCACCUGCGUUGCCGGCAUCAACUUCGAGCUCUCCCGUUACCCAAAGUACCUUUACGGCCUGCCUGAUGACAUCGGCCACGGCUACGGCUGGUCCAUGUUCUGCGCCUGGGGGGGUCUCGGCCUCACCCUCAUCGCUGGCUUCUUCUGCACCCUGGCUCCUUCUGUCCAGCCCAUUCCCCGAUCCACCUGCCCCAAAUCCAGACAGGAGAACGGCACCGUCUGCUAAAGCUGGCAGCGUUUCCGACGCCGAUAACAAACAGAGAAACUGUUCCACGUCUUCAUCCUUCCACUCAUCUCCAGUCUUUCCUGGUUACAGAUUUCUUUUUUUAUUUGUGUGUGUGUGUUGGGUGUCUUGAUGAUCUUGAAAUUAACAGAAAAAACACUGAAGAACUAAAGAAAUAUUAUCAAAAAUGUGAAGUUGUGCUUGUUUUGUUGUUGUGGAGCAGACACCGAAAUGGACCUUGACCAAGAAAAAGGUUUCGAAGGAGAUAUGUGGAGACAAUGAAGGACUACAUUUUGGAUUGGUGAUACCAAGAGGGGCUUUCGACCCCUGAAGGUGACAGACAAUGGUGUUGAAUCUGGGAACAGCUUCUAUAAACUGGCCUACUGUGAGUGUGGAGAACUCAAUAACUCAACAGUAUUGGACGAAACAGUUUAAAUUGUUAAGAUCAAGUUUCUGUUGGACUUCUUGGAGCCUCCUUUGGGAUCAUUCACAAGGGAAUGGACCAGACUUGAAACUAUUUGACUUGCUUGGAUCAUGUUAAGUGGCCAUCUGUUCCAGUAUCUAUGGCCCCUAAAAUCGGGACAUGCGAGCAGCGAGGAGACCCAGGACUUCCACUGUUGUACAUUAUUGUACAGAAUAUUCUAGAGACAACCAGGAACCGUCAUGUUGGACCAUUUUCAUUCCCGUGUAGGUGCAUUUCAUUCUGUCUGAUGACCCCAUCUGCCAUUUAGCAUUUUAUACAUGCGUUCCUCUUUUAUUCGACGUGUAUUAUCCUUUUUAUCGAGCUCUCCAUGUUGUGAACGAACUGAGUGUACGUUCGGAGCAAAUGUUUUUCCAUCGUAGUCAUAGAGUGAUCUGUGUGUAUGAGUGUGUGUGUAUGUGUGGGGAGGGGGUUUGUUUUGCAGUCUCUACAGAAAAAAGUUGUAAAAAAAUGAUCAUAGUGACAAAGUGGAGCCCUGCCUUGGGGAUGUAUAAAGGCAGGAGCUUUGAAGAACAGAACGGCACAAUGGAGAGAUGUAGUAUCCUGUUAAACCCAACUGACUUCUGCCUUGUCAUCUUUUUCGGGAGAUUCCCAGCACACAUGGCAGAUCAAGAAGCGUUUGUUUUAAAAGGGAGAAGCAUAUUCCACUCUCUGCUGCCCCUGUGGGAGGCUCGAGUAAUCGCAUCCGACGACGCUCCGCCUUUACUUCCUGGGAAUGUGUGAAGCUCUGCUGUUUCUCCGAGAUUCUAUAUUUUUCAGGAUCAAAGUCCAGGGUUAAAAGUGUUCACCUUACCCAGCGAAUACAUCUAGACUGAGUAAGAAAGUGUUCUGUAUUAGCAAGAUUCUCCAAGGCCUCAGCCCCCAAUCACAAGUCAGAAAUCAGUACACACUAACAUGGGCUUGAAUAUUUUUAUGUACAUUAGGGAUGAUGGUAAUAAUCGAAUUCUCACCAGGACCAACUGGUUUAGAUACGGACAUCCAGUCAUUAGAACUAUACAAUACAGCUUUCACUAUACUUUUUCAGCUUGUGGGUUCGUAACAACUGGACAACCAUGAUAUGGGUUGAUAAAAUGCGAAACGGUUGUUUACGGAAAGAAUGCGUCAACAUGUGUCACUAACCCUAACCCUAACAAACAACAACAAUCGAGUCAUUACAUAAUGUAAUCCAGGGACUAUCUGUCAAUAAAAUGAAAUAAAUAAUCUAAGUUCAAAAUAAAGUGGAGUUUUUGUGAGACAGUACAUUACAUUUGUCAACAUUGUGUGAUGGAUAACAUAUUUAGGGCCCAGUAGUUAACACUGCUUUGGUUGUCACUGUUUUUAAUCUGUUGGUCAACAUAUUCAAUGUAAACCACUAACCUUGCAGCUAAACCUCAACUAGAGACCAGGAAAACGGGAUAUGACAGUCAGUGUUUUUAAUAGUAAUGUCGUUGUUAUCUGAAGACAUCAAACAGGGUUUUUUGUUUUUUAUCAGAGCUGUAUUGUCCCAUUAUCUGGGGAUACUCAUGUUCUUUCAUGUCUGUUUCAUCAUGGAAGCCUUCAAACAGGCCUCUUAGACGAGACCAGAGAUCAUAAACUGGGGUAUACUAUUCUUUGUCAUUUUUCCCAAUGCCUUUUUUUAACGUUUGGUAUAAAUAUUUGGGGUAACGCAGGUGGUCAAACUCAAUGUCAGAACCAUUAAGAGGAGUAAGCUGGUAAACACCCUGGCAUGGAUUUACAGUAUGUUAGACGAACAGAUUGAACCAUGACUCACCCAAACAGCUGGACUCCCUUCCAGAUGUCUACCAACACAUCAGCCCAACAGCUGGGUCACUGACGACGAAGUUUAAGGACAGCGAUACUUCAACUUCCAUUGUGGACUGAUGGUAAAAACUAGAAUGAUCUAUCAACCUUUAACAUCAGUAAUGUGUCUGUUUAGUAAACAUUAAUACAAUUGGAAAAAAAAAAAGGAAAAUGUUCAACUGUGGAAUGUAAAAUCACAACAAAAUAAAUCUCA